UUUGUCCUCGUCAGUUCGUUGAGGAAACAGAAAGGACUCAAAAUGCACCUUGUAGCUCUUUGCGUUGUUCUCUUCGGCGUUGUCGUAGCUCUGCCAGUGGAUCAGCAGGAUUCAUUUGUCGAUCUCGGUGAUGACUACGAUGAAUCAUUUUAUCCCGAAGAGAAUCCAGGGCUAUUUGAGGGCGAUAUUGUUCUCCGAGGAGACCAGAACCCAUCUCACAAGAAUGCCAUAGUGGGAUCCUACCAUCACUGGCCAAAUGGAGUGAUUCCUUACUCUGUCCAUUCAUCACACAAUACUGCAGCACAUAAGGAAAUCUUCGCCAAGGCUAUGGGUGAAAUCAUGAACAAAACUAUGGUCAACGGUAAAAAAUGCAUAUCCUUUGUUCCCCGAAGCAGUGAAAACACAUACAUCCAGUUUACUUCCGGAUCCGGCUGCCACACCCCUAUCGGAUACAUGCACGGCCACAGGUCUGACGUCACUCUGGGACGUGGAUGUUUACGUCAUGGCACCGUCAUGCACGAGAUCUUGCACGCGCUCGGAUUCUGGCAUGAGCAAAGCCGAGCUGAUCGUGACAACUACGUGACAAUCAACUGGAAUAACAUUGAGCAUGGUCACGAGGGUAACUUCAACAAGUACGUGCUGGGACGUACCAUUGACCACCUAGGUAUGCCCUACGAUUACGGCUCCGUCAUGCACUACAGUGCCUACGCCUUCGCCGUGGACAGGAGCCAGAUGACUAUCAUUCCUAAACAACAAGGUGUCACCAUCGGUCAGCGAGUCCGACUGAGUGACCAGGACGCUAAAGAGAUCCAGAUUUACUAUGGAUGUAUCCCCCGUCCCGAUGGUCAUGCUACGACAGCUCCACUCCACACCUCAGCCCCACACCACACAUCAGCCCCAGUCGCUACCCAUACGCCUAUUAUCACACACAUUUCAUCAACACCCCAUCCCGUCACAAACGGUGCUACCACCUGCUCGUUUGACCAUGGUCUCUGCGGAUGGACACAGUCCACCACCGAUACCAUGAAUUGGUCAGUUGGUCACGGUUCCACACCUAGCCGUAACACUGGACCUCAUGCUGACCAUGACAAUAGCGCUUCCGCCCACUACUUGUUCUUGGAGUCCUCUCAUCAUUCCGCGCAGAGGGCAGUACUUAUCUCACCUACUUACCCAUCCGGGGACUAUUGUUUCCGCCUAUGGUACAAUCUCAACGGUGCCGACAUUGGCAGUUUCAAGAUGUACUUCGUUCACGGGACUCAUCGCGUCCUGAUGCGUACAAUCACCGGCAAUCAUAACGAUAUAUGGCACCACGCUACUAUGCACCUCAGGCUGUCUGGUUCCUCGACCUUCCACUUCGAGCUUGAAGGUACCACAGGCCACAGUUACCACGCAGACAUGGCUAUUGAUGAUGUUCAGGUCACUCCUGGUCAAUGCACUCAUUAGAUAUGUUGAAAAUUGUUACAUAUUAUUUAUUGACAAUAAAACUAUUAAUUUACUUUCUGUA